AUGGGUGUAAGCUAUGUCUAUCACAAGGCAUUGGCUACUUUCCUCCGCGCUCUCGUCCGGCCUCGGCUCCAGUUCCACCCAAAACCAGAUGACACGAUUUUCAUCCCGGCUCGAGAUCCUGACCGGACCAUCCGAGUCCACGUCUACAAGCCUGCCCACGCGACAGAACCCACACCGGUCUUGAUCAACUUCUGUGGAAGUAUAUUCGUACUUCGAACAUUCGGUAGCGAUGAUGAAUUUUGCCAAUUUGUCGCGGAUAAGACGAAUUAUACGGUCAUCGACGCGCAGUAUCGACUUGCGCCCGAGCAUCCCUUCCCAGCCGCAUUCUAUGACGCGGAGGAUUUGUGA